GGCGUGCCCGCCCUGCCCCCGCCCUCUCCGAGGCGCGUUUGGACGCGCUUUGUGAAGCAGCGCACAGCGACGACAUGGCGGAGGUGGCGGAGCUGCACAAGCUGAAGUUGGUCGAGCUGAAACAGGAAUGCACCGCACGGGGUCUGGAGACCAAAGGGAACAAACAAGAGCUGGUCAGCCGACUGCGGGCAUACCUGGAGGAACACGCUGUUGAAGACGUGAACGAAGAGGAAGUCCUUGGUGAAGAUACUGAGGAAGAGGAGAUCAGGGUAGUGGUGGAGGAGCCGGCCAAGCCAGAGAAGGUCGCAGUCGCUGAGAAAGAGGAGGGAGGAGCUGCAGAUAAAAAGGUGGUUAAAAUCGCAUCCACAGCCUCUCCUGACAAGAAGCUGCAGCAGAGAAUGCAGCGGUUUAAUGUCCCGCUGACUGGUGAGAGUAAGAAGGCUGCUCGAGCUGCAAGGUUUGGUUUGCCAGCAGCCCCAGAGAAAGGUUCCUCUGCAGCCAGCCAGCCAGCUGUCAAUGUAGACCAGCUGAAGAAGAGGGCCCAGAGAUUUGGGAUGAAUGUGUCUUCAGUCUCAAAGAAGGUGGAGGAGGAUGAGAAGCUGAAGAAGAGAAAGGAGAGGUUUGGUAUUCUCACAAGCGCUGCUGGAGUCACAGACGACAUUGAGGCGAAGAAGAGAAAACGAGCAGAUCGCUUCGGUGGGAAUGUGUAACACGGCUGCAGCGUUUCACCUCCUCUCCUCCCUACAUUCUAUUUGUUAUCCCCCCACCUUUGCCCCAAACUUGAUUUUAUAUUUCUGACAUUUGACUGUUUCAUUAGUUUUUAAAACCUGCAUUUUACACUCUCUCUCCUCUCCUCCUUUUUGAAUAAAACCGUUUUAAAUGACCUGAUGCAAUGCAUCUUUAGUCUUGGCUCAUGCGUUCUAUCAGGUGAUGCUAACUUUGAGGGAGUAGGGAGAGAGACGCUGCCCCUGUGGCUUUUAGGACUCGAGCAACACUGGAUUCAAAACGUUUGGAUGUAGCUGUAGAAUCGCCUCUAGUUUUAGGCCUUGCCGGUGUAUUUCAAGAAACUUCAAAAUGACAUCGCAGAAGUCCAUAGUAGUAGUUUAGUAUUUCAUGUUAGAUUUCAAAAAGUAUCUGGGAAGCUACAGAGCGGUGUGUAAUUAAUUCUGUUAACGCAGCGUUGAGCGAGUUCACUCUAGAGGGUGAUGCAGAGCUCCUGUUCCUGAGCUGUAUGGUUUGAGGUGUCGGCCCGGCUGUCUUGGUGACCCAGUGGGUUCUGUGCUCUUCGGGGACGCGUGUGCGUUUUGCUUUCCUUGCCUUCAAUAACAACAGCCUGCUGUGGGCGCUGCUGACUGGAAACCAGAGGUGGCAGAGCGGGGAUCUCUGGGCUCCCUCAGUUCUGUAAACAGGCUCUCUUUGUAUUGAGUGUGGGGGUGGAAUGGAGCAUCUCAAUGUCUUUUUUAGUCUUGUUUGUUUUGUUUUUUUUACAAUCUCACAAGUCUUUUUUUUUUUUUAAUGUGUGUUGGAUUGGAAUAAAAUGCGUUGGGUUGGAAUGCAUCUUUUUGUCAAUAAAGAAUUUUCUAACA